GAUGUUUCCUGAAACUAAAGCAAGAUAUUUCCAAGAGUGCAUUUAGUGGAGUUGUGCCGCAGACCUGCUAGGGCUUUGCCAUGAUGUUCCCCAGUGUGAUCGCUCCACCAGCCAUUUACCCAAGCUUGCUGCAGCCAACACCGGCCCUAACGUUGCCCCACACGCUGCAGUCGGCUUUCUCUACCCAUUCCAAUUUCUUGAUAGACGAUCUUCUCAAGAUGAGCCGACCUAGCAGCUACUUGUCAAGGACGCUACAGAUUUCACCUUCCAGUUUGGGACACCCUGCCCCAGGCACCAUGACCGACUCACUGCCCUCAUUACCUACUGAACCCACAGGCGCAGUAUUGUCUGGGACCAGGAGGAGCUGCUCCCCACAGACACCCGUCACUUCCAGCAACGAGCCGCACCUCCUCAAGUUUGGGGUGCAGGCAAUACUCUCCUCCACCUCUAGGACAGAGUCGCCCCCCACGCCACUGCCAAGUGUUGCCACAAAGGCUUUCUCGCUUCCAUACUUCGAGGGCACUUUCCAGCCAUUCAUCCGGACCUCUUAUUUUCCAGGUUCUUCUUCUUCAGUGAUACCUAUUCCAGGUACCUUCUCAUGGCCCCUGGCUGCUAGAGGGAAGCCUAGAAGAGGAAUGCUUCGUCGAGCAGUAUUCUCUGAUGUGCAGCGCAAAGCCCUGGAAAAGAUGUUUCAGAAACAGAAGUACAUAAGUAAACCAGACAGGAAAAAGCUGGCAAAUAAAUUAGGACUAAAAGACUCACAGGUAAAAAUAUGGUUCCAGAACAGAAGAAUGAAAUGGAGAAAUUCUAAAGAAAGAGAACUCUUAUCUUCUGGGGGUUCUCGAGAGCAGACCUUGCCUACUAAAUUUAACCCCUACCCUGAUCUCAGUGAUGUGGGCAAGAAAUCCCUGUCUGAGGAAGAGGAGUCCUUAUACAGAUGCAGCCCCCAGUCUCAAAUUUAUCACUCUCCAGUGCACAGCUUCAUAGAUAGUACAGAAACACACCUCACAUCUCCAUCCAACUCCAGCAAGCAUUCUGACUUCUCAGAAUCAGAAGAAGAAAUAAAAGUAUUAUAAAUACUUUAAUAUGAAACUGUCUAAAGAGACUUUAAGAACUUUGUUCAUAAAUACCGAGAGGUGAUAUCCUUUCUCUUUGUGUG